AUGGAAAACUAUACAAUUACUGUGUUAGGAUGUGGAGUUAUGGGGACUGCUGUUACAUCAGCUAUCUUGAAUAGUCAAUUCCAACCAUACCCUUCCAAAAUCAUCUGUUGCAAUAGUAAUGAAAAAUCAUCCCAAGCUUUAAGAUCAAAGUUAUCUCAUGAAAUCAUUGAAUAUUCUUAUGGUGAACAGAAUAAAGAAGCGGUGAAGAAAGCUGAUAUCAUUAUUCUUGGUUGUAAACCUUUCAUGUAUAAAGAUGUUUACAAUGAAGUCAAAGAUUCUUUGAAUAAAGAUCAAUUGUUAAUCUCUUUAUUAGCAGGUAUCACCAUCGAAGAGUUAUCUAUCUUUACUCCAAAUGUAGCUAAAGUUAUGACCAAUACCCCUGCUCAAUUUGGUUGCGGAAUGGCUACCGUUGCAUUCUCUCCAGAAGCUGAAGGUAAAUAUGAAGAUUUGGUUAUGAAGUUAAUCAAUCCUGUUGGUAAAGCUAUUAAGAUUCCUGAAAAGAAUAUGGAUGCUGCCACUGCUUUAGUUGGUUCAGCCCCAGCUUUUUGUUUAUUAAUGAUGGAAGCUAUGAUUGAUGGUGGUGUGAGAAUGGGAAUCCCCUUCGAAGUAGCUAAACAAUGUGCUGCUAAAGUAAUGGAAGGUACUGGUAAAAUGGCGGUUGAAACCAAUGAACAUCCUGCAGUAUUGAAAAGUAAAGUCUGUACACCAGGUGGUACUACAAUUGGAGGUUUAUUAAAAUUGGAAGAUUCAGGAGUUAGAGGUUCUAUUGCUAGAGCUAUUGAAGAAGCUGCCAAUAUUUCUAAAUCUUUCUCUAAAAAGUAG